AUGCCCAAGAGUCCCACGGACAAGCUCAACGCGCAGCUGCGGCGUCUGGACGACAUGUCGGCCGUGCCGCGGGGUGCCGUUUCGGACGUGCUCUUUCAGGUCGUCCAGCAGUGGUACGACGAGUCCAUGCCGUUUGAUUCUGGCGGCCAGUGCCUCGUGGACGCCAUGCAGCAGCUGGAGCAGGACGUGGACGGUGACGAUUCGGAUCCCGAUGGUGACGACAGUUCAGGAAGCGAUGACAGCUCCGACAGCUCCGACAGCUCGGACUCUGGGAGUGACUCGGAUGACGAUGGACCAGGCGGUGGAGACAGGCAGGCUGCGCCGCGGCCAAAGCCGAGACGGACAUUUGGCAAGCGCAGCGGUAGCAUUCCUGAGGCGGGACCCCGCGUAGGACAUGUCGGCGUCGACAGUGCAGCCCAUGACGAAAACGAGACUGCGGGCGGCUCUGACGGUGAGUCGGAUGGCGGCUUGGAUACCGCUUCGAUGGCUGCAUCGCACGCCGGGUCUGAUGCGGCCAACCCUAUCCAUCUGGAUGACGAUGACGUCGAGAACAACCAUCGCAGCGUCAGUCUCGGCCCGACCACCAUGACGACCCAUCCCGUGGCACUGGCGAUGCGUCCUCCGCCGGGCGUAGCUGUUUCACGGCGGUCGUCGUCGGUUGCCGCUUCGACCGUGUCUGGCGCGUCGUCGGGCUCGCUGUUCGUCUCGGGACGGGGCAUGCAGAGGCUCGCGCGGCCUAUGCGGGCGCAGACGCAGGAGACGACGGCAAGCGACUUUCACGCUCGCGUCGCGGAUCAGAUUGGCGGUGGGCGGGUGACGAGUCACGAGGUGCGGUCGCAGCUGGACCUUGGCGCCGUGGUCGAUCUCACGGCAGGCAGUGACGAUGAGGACGCCGACGAGGACGCCGACGAGGACGCCGACGAGAGCAGCUCUGAUGACACGUCAGGCCGGCAUACUGGUUCUCAAGGCCGAACCGACUCUAUAGAGGUUGAUUCGAUGGAGGGCGACGAUGGACCGAUGGAGAACGACGAUGGACCGAUGGAGGGCGACGAUACACAUGAUGGUGGAGGUGACCAUGGCGAAGAUUCGCCGCGGCGUCACCCCCAGGUCGGAGACAAGCGUCCUGUGGAUGCUGAUGGUGUCGCGCACUCGCCGUUGAAGAGACUGCGGUCGGAAUGGUGA